UUCAUUUUAUUAUUCUUGUUGGUUUUUUUUUUUUUUUUUUUUUUGUUUGACUAUUAUCAGACUCGCUCUCAUUUCUUAUCAACCGUCCCGCGUCAAACAUGCAACCUGGCUGGCACUCGAUCGAGCUCAACGGCACUGCGUUUGAGGUUCCAGGACGCUACACCCAUCUCCAUCCCAUCGGCCUUGGUGCCUUUGGACAGGUCGUGUCCGCCGACGACACGGUGACGGGCCAGAAGGUGGCCAUCAAAAAGGUCAUGAAGCCCUUCCAGACCGCCAUCCAUGCCAAGCGCACCUUCCGCGAGAUCCGGCUUCUUCGCCACAUGCACCACGAAAACAUCAUUGGACUGCACGACCUCUUUUCCACCGGAACGUCGGCAGAGACAAUGAACGACGUCUACAUUGUGACCGAAUUGAUGGGCGCAGACCUCAACAGCAUUGUUCGCACGCAGACGUUGAGUGACGAGCAUGUGUGCUUCCUCGUCUACCAGAUUCUUCGCGGCCUGAAAUACGUGCAUUCUGCGGGUAUCAUUCACCGUGACUUGAAGCCAGGCAACUUGGCAGUCAAUGAAAACUGCGACUUGAAGAUUCUCGAUUUUGGUCUUGCUCGAGUUGCCGAUCCUGAAAUGACGGGCUAUGUCGCCACACGCUGGUACCGCGCUCCAGAGGUCAUGCUCAGCUGGCGCAAAUACGGACAAGGCUUGGACAUCUGGUCGGUUGGCUGCAUCAUGGCCGAGUUGAUGUCUGGCACGCCACUCUUCCCCGGCUCCGAUCACGUCAACCAGCUCACGCUGAUCAGCAACAUUGUUGGAUCGCCGUCCAAGGAGUUUGUUGAUAAUAUUGAGAGCGAAACUGCACGAGCAUACGUCCGCUCGAUGCCGCACCGUGACAAGAUUCCAUUUGAGCGACUUUUUUCCCACGCCAAUCCUCUCGCCAUCGACGUCUUGGACAAGAUGCUCAUUUUUGAUUGUGAAAAACGCAUCACCGCGGCCGACGCGCUGCGUCACCCUUACUUUUCGCAACUGCACGAUCCUGACGAUGAGCCGGAUUCGUCCACCCAGUUCGACGAUUCGUACGAAGCUGCCGAGUUGACCACAGAAAAGUGGAGGGUAUUGAUUUGGGGCGAUAUUGUCACCUUCACCCCCGAAAAUCGCUAAAAAAAAAAAAAAAAAAAGACAGUCUCUCUGCCCUUGUCAUAUUUCCUCGCUUUGUUCCAUGAUGAUUAUCGCUGCAUGCGCGUACUGUGUUUGAUUCCUUUGUGUUUGUUUUGUGUCGUUGUUCACUUGAAUUUUUUGGCAUUACAAUUCGUCUAGUGUCU